AUGACGCCUCAGUCCGACAACCUAGCAAAGAAAAACAUGACAAUCAGAAAGAUCAGAGUACUAUAUUCAGACCCAGCUGCCACAGAUUCUUCCUCAGAUGAAGAACAAAGCAGCCAUGAGAAGAAGCCAAAGCGUAUAAUUCACGAGAUUGUGAUUGACCAGAAAAAGAUGGCUCCUUCGCAACCCAAGUUCAAGUGGGAUAAGAAAAACAAGGAGAAAAGAUUUGUUGGGGUUAGAAGAAGGAAAUUUGGGAAGUAUGCUGCUGAGAUUAGAGACCCAAUCAAAAAGAAAAAAAUCUGGUUGGGAACUUUUAAGACUGCUGAGGAAGCCUCCGAAGCUUAUCUUGCUAAGCAGCGUGAAUUUAAGGCCCUAGAAGGAUUCCAAUGGGAGCCAAUAGAUUGUAAACAAUCUUAUCUGAGUGGAUCAUCGGAUGAAGAUCAAUUGCAGUCUUCGAUGCCUACGCCAGAGGCCUUGGGUUCACCUACGCAUACCAGGAGUGAAUCAUCUCAUGAUUCCUCGUCUUCUAUGAGCAAGGAGAAUCUUAAGGUACAGUGUCUGGAAUUUGACGGAGGUUGUGUGAUGGGAAUGUUUGUUCCAGUUCCCAAAGGCCCGGAGGACUAUCCUGGAUCAGAGUUCUUUUUGCCUAUUCUUGACAACCAGGGUUUCUUGUUGGGGGAAUUUAGCAAAUUGGAUGAUCUCAGUAUCUGCCUUGGUUGA